CUCUUCCUUCAUAUACUAGAAAUCUCUCGCUCUGUCUCGCCUUGCCGAUCUCCCCUGCUUCUUUGCAUCCCCGUUCUGCUCAGAAUUUCGCUACGCUUGAUAGGGUUUGCGUUUGGGUCGUCUCUGACUAACCAUGGCCGAGCAUCACCCUUAUGGCCAACCACAGUACCAGCACCCCCAGCAGCAGCACCGGCAACAGCCCCUGUCCCACCAGGUGGUCAAGGCUGUGACAGCCGCCACCGCGGGCGGAUCCCUGCUCGUCCUGUCGGGGCUGAUCCUCGCGGGCACAGUGAUCGCCCUCACCAUCGCCACGCCGCUGCUGGUGAUAUUCAGCCCGGUGCUGGUCCCCGCGGUGAUCGCGGUGGGCCUGUUGAUCACGGGGUUCCUGGCGUCGGGAGGGUUUGGGGUGGCGGCAGUGACGGUGCUGUCAUGGAUAUACAGGUACGUGACGGGGAAGCACCCGCCGGGGGCAGACCAGCUAGACCAGGCGCGGAUGAAGCUCGCGAGCAAGGCUCGGGAGAUGAAGGACAGGGCCGAGCAGUUCGGGCAGCAGCAUCUCACCAGCCAAUCGUAGAGGGAAAGCACAGAUGAACCGGUUCCCAUGGCCGUUGAUAUCAUGGAAUCUUUCUUUCUUAGUGUGUUGCAUGCCGGCAUUGGUCUCUUCUCUCUGUGUAGAGAUCACGAGGACAGAUUCUGGCCCCCGAAAUGCUGCUUUGUUUUUCAGUUACUCUGGUCUGUGUGGUUUCGUCUAGUUUGCAUGUGAGUUUUGUCAAUAAUGAAUUGAUGGACGACUGGUCUUAUCGGA